GUUUGUACAAGAAGUCCGCAUGCAUGCAGACUUCACACGUAAUAUUCUCUUUAUGCUGACACAGUUCAUGCUUCUUUGAUUCGUGCGAGCAGAAACGGUGACCGAUUCUUCCAGCAAUCUUGCUCCCAUGAAGGCUUUCCUUGUGUCGGAUGAGUUGUUGGGCACCUUUGUGCCAAUUGCUGUAUAUUGGAUAUACUCAGGCUUUUAUGUAUUGGUUGCAGACUUGCAGGAGUACAGGCUUCACACCAAGGCUGAAGAAGACAAAAAGAAUGUUGUUUCAAAGAUGGCCGUUGUGAAGGGCGUCCUUAUUCAGCAAGCCUUCCAAAUAGCCGUCUCCCUCCUACUCUUCACUCUCAUGAGAAGUGAUAGUAAGGCUAUGCUUCAUCAGCCUUCCCUUCAUGUUAUCAUUCUUCAAUUCAUGGUGGCCAUGGUGGUGAUGGACACGUGGCAAUACUUCAUGCACCGGCUCAUGCACGUCAAUAAAUUCUUGUACAAACACAUACACUCGACGCACCAUGCCCUCGUUGUCCCCUACCCUUAUGGAGCUAUCUACAACCACUUACUUGAAGGGAUCAUUAUCGAUAUCAUUGGGGGAGUUCUAUCCUUCCUCGUUGCUGGGAUGACACCUCGUACUGCUAUAUUCUUUUUCUCGUUUGCGGUCAUCAAAGGUGUGGACGACCAUAGUGGUAUGUGGCUUCCUGGAAACUUGCUGCAUGUUUUCUUCAACAAUAAUAGUGCUUAUCAUGACAUUCACCAUCAGCUCUAUGGCACAAAGUAUAAUUUUUCUCAGCCUUUCUUUGUCACUUGGGAUAAGAUUCUUGGGACUCAUAUGCCCUACACGCUUGAGAAGAGAAUGGAAGGAGGAUUUGAGGCCCGUCCGAUCAAGAAGAUUAAUUGAAUAUUGUCUUGAGAAUUGUUUGGUAGCAUGUCUUACAUGCUUGUUAUUACAAGUUAUUGUGAGAUAAAAGUAUGUGUAUGUAUGUUUGUGUGUGUAGCUAAUUAAAUAAUAUAGGUAUCCAUCCACCUUUACAAUUAUAUAAAAUUAUGUGUGAUGGGAUUG